AUGCUGAAAGGAGCAAACCUGCGGCUUCACAAGAUAGCCUCUAACUCUGUGGAGGUCAUGGGCGCCUUCCCAUCCGAUGACUACGCCGAGGGCCUUAAAGACAUGGACUUCGACGGAGGUCACGUACCGAUGCAACGGAGCCUUGGACUAAACUGGGACCUAAAGGCAGAUACGUUCACCUUCAAAGUGCCCGUAAAAGACACCCCGAACACACGCCGCGGCGUACUAUCCACUGUGAACAGCCUAUACGACUCCCUAGGAUUCACAGCCCCAGUGACAGUACAAGGUAGGCUGUUGCUGAGAGAUAUUUCUUCAGAAACGUCGGAUUGGGAUGCCCCUCUCGACCUGAAUGACAACUGGCUAACGUGGCGAGUCUCCUUACAUCAUCUUGAACGGCUCAAGAUACCACGCCAGUACACUGCAAUCUCUCUCUCCGACGCCCGUCGACGGGAAAUCUGUGUAUUCUGCGAUGCCUCCGAAAAGGCAAUCGCCGCUGUGGCGUACAUCAGAGUCACAGAUGCUGAUGGAAUGCAACACGUGGGUUUUGUGUUCGGAAAAGCAAAGCUAGCACCACGCCCCGAGCAGACCAUUCCAAGGCUUGAGCUAUGUGCCGCAGUGCUCGCCGUCGAUAUCGCCGAGUUAGUCGUCAGCGAGAUCGAUGCUCACAUCGAUGACAUUAAAUUCUACACGGACAGCAAAGUUGUGCUCGGAUACAUCUUCAAUCAAUCGAGGCGUUUCUACGUCUAUGUCAGCAACCGUGUGAAUCGCAUACGAAGAUCUACGAAGCCCGAACAAUGGCAUUACGUUCCUACCGGUCAGAACCCUGCAGAUCACGCCACUAGACCUGUGGCUGCAGAUGCUUUGGCUGGCGCGACUUGGCUGACAGGACCGAAAUUUCUUCGGGAAUGUACGGACGCGCAGAGGGAGGGCACAGCCUUCCCGCUUUUUGAACCAGAUCAGGACAAGGAAAUCCGUCCUCAAGUGGCUGUCUCAGCAACUCGCGUAGGAAAUCAACAACUGGGGGCUCAUCGCUUCGAGCGCUUUUCGACAUGGACAUCCUUACUGCGGGCCGUGGCAUGCCUGGUGCAUAUCGCUCGUUCCUUUCAUAACCCUUUGGCUGAUUGUCACGGAUGGCAUUACUGCAGCAAACCUCGAAGCGCGGAUGAGCUGAACGAGGCGAAGAAAGUAAUCCUUCGUUGCGUCCAACACGAAGAAUUUCCAGAAGCCGUCACAUGUCCCCGUACGGACGCAGCUCAACAAAGUCGCAUUUCGUCCAGCAACCCUUUGUGCGAACUCGACCCGUUCGUCGACAAUCAGGGCCUGUUGAGAGUUGGUGGACGCCUACGGAAUUCCGACCUCAACGAAACGGAAAAGCAUCCAGUCAUCGUUCCGGGUCGCCAUCAUGUAGGCUUAUUGCUCAUACGGCACUAUCAUUGA